AUGAGAGAUCGCAAAGCCCUGCGCCAAAAGAUGUCGAAUGCUAUACAAAGUAUUGUGGAUGACACAGCUUAUAACGUCCUUCGCCCUGGCGUCCUCAUCUCCAGUUUUGCCUUUGAUGACUCCAACAGGAGGGGCUUCUACUCUACUUCUUCUGGUGUGCUAGUCAAAAACGGUGCCGACGACAAGUUCAUGACCGGCGCAUCCCACGGCAUAGGCAAAACCGAGACUGUUCACCAGACUUUGUCGUCUGGAGACCAGCGGGUAGUCGGCAGGGCCGUGGCAGAGCUUAGCUUCACAGAUAUCUCACUCAUACAGCUUCAGCCUCAAGUCGAAUUCGUCAACGAAGCCUUUGAACAGCAGGGUGAGUCAGUCCCUCCAUUCACCACACUGCUUGGAGAAGACUUGAACGACGAGAUCGAUAUGAUGCGAAGUGUUUUCUUCAACAGUCCUCAAACGGUGCCAUGGAAGGCCUCGUAA